AUGCCCAUCGAACUUAUAACUGUUCUCUUAAAUCUGAUGCCUUGCUGUGCGCUUUUCAUAUUUUCAGAAAUUGAAGAAAUUUUUUUGAGCAGUUGAUUUUUGGGAACAACUCGCUAUGACUUCCUUUAACACGCCUGCUAUUUUGAUGCCUCUCGACGAAUAUUACGUGCAGUGUGUAGAACCCAAACCAAAAAUUCCCAAACGUUAUGGAUUCCAUGCGGAUAAGAGACAACGACAAGCGGCACGUCUGCAAUCUUACAAAGAUAACUCCGCUGAUGAAGAAGACGAGUUUGAAGAUGAGGGGGAAGAACCAAAACAAGUGGAUGAGCAUUAUUCUUGCAAACAGGACUCAAAUAUGGAUGAAAUUAGUUUUGACUCUAAGGAUUUUAAUCACCUGUGUGAACCAACCGACGAGCCAAUGGACACAAGUAAAGGAGCUGAAGUGUUAAAAACGGAAAUACCUGUCACUUCUGUACAGUGGCGCAUAAAACCAAAUAAUGUGAAUCGUCCUCAAGGAGCAGCACCUUUGGUACCGAAGGAUGCGCCGCGUAAUCAGCCAAAAUCUCAAAGUGCGCGCCGCUAUCAAAAUAAGCCACAAAAUCGACGUCCUUUUAAUCUCAAAAACAAUAACAACAACAAGCAUAAUAACACUCAUUAUACCAAAAAUAAGAAUACAUCCAAUCGUAAUAAUGCUCUGAACAACCGUCUAGGUAAUAACCCAGUCCGUAAUCAGCAGCGUGGUCAAAUGCCUACGGAACAGCGUUUGCGGAACGCGUACAAUAGAUUUAACAAUACACCAACAAAUAAUCAUAGCAGCAAUAAUAAUAAUUAUACCAACAAUAAUAAUUAUAAGAUUCGAACAAUUUCAAAUGAAUUGGCACGGUCUAAAAAUACCUACAAUGGAGCAUUAGGACAGCCAAUGAACCAGUUAAAUAUUGUACCGAAUAAAGCAAACGGUGACAUUGUUGCUUCGGAUUCACUACGUUUGGCGGAUCUAAUGAACAUGGACAAGGAAAGCUGUGUGAAUUUGAACGUGGCCGAGGUGGCCAAGAAUGCGAUGUUGUUGUUAAGUACUGUUUUUCACAAGCCCAUACUGGAUGAGGAUGUGCAGCAGCAAUUGUCGCAAAUGCAGAAAAAAAAUGGGCACUCCGGAGAACCACACGGACUCGAUAUGACCAUAAAACCGGAAACUACCGAGAUGCGAAUGUAUCAUCGAUUCAAGUAG